GGGGGAUCUCAGGAAUGAGAGUGAGUUCAGGCAGGGUUCUGGAGUGGGGGGGUAUAAAGAGGGAGAAGGAGGGGCAGGGGUGGAGUCGGGGGCUCUGCUAUUUGUAGAUCCUUGUGAUGGAUGACUGGUGUGUGUGUGUAAGAGAGACACAGACUGGCUUCUUUUUUUUCUGCUCUUUCCUUAUUCCCUCUCUCAGCCGAGCAGAGCAGAGCGGGACUCAGAGAGGAGGACAGUGCGCACCAGAGCUCUCCAACUCCACAAAAGACAAGAGACGACAGGAGUUUGCUUGGAGAACAUAAGAAAAAAAAAAAGAAGAAGCCGCCCUUGUUUUGCAUCAGCAAACUCUGGUGGAUAUCAAGUAGAAUUUCAGAUCGGGAUUUGAGUGGCUUCCUAGCUGAGAGGAAAUCAUUGCCACUUUUCUUUUUCUCCUUUUUUCAAAUUGCAGAUAUUGAAUCAUUCCAGUUUUGUGAGGUGUAACAGUACUCCUGAGGGGCAGGAGCACAGAAAUAGGUGGACAGAAAGAGUCCAGGGGAACAUGUCCAUUACAGGCAGCUGUUUUGAAGCUGGCAUGGGAUGUCCAGCCGGGCAGUGGAUGUGGCUGCUGAUGCUCUCUGCCCUGAUCAUUGGCAACGCCAGUGCCUGCCCAGCCUUGUGUACCUGCAGUGGCGUCACAGUGGACUGCCAUGGACUGGGUCUCAAAACCAUCCCAAGGAAUAUCCCGCGCAACACUGAGCGACUGGAGCUGAAUGGAAAUAACCUCACACGCAUCACCAAGAGUGACUUCACUGGGCUGAAAUAUGUCAGAGUUCUGCAGUUGAUGGAGAACCAGAUCACAGUGGUUGAGCGAGGAGCUUUUGAUGACAUGAAGGAGUUGGAACGACUGCGGCUGAACCGUAAUCAACUGCAGCAGCUUCCGGAGUUGCUGUUUCAGAAGAACCCUGCCUUGUCUCGACUAGAUUUAAGUGAGAACUUCAUCCAGUCCAUCCCCAGAAAGGCUUUCAGAGGAGCUACAGACCUCAAGAACCUGCAGCUGGAUAAAAACCACAUCAGCUGCAUCGAGGACGGAGCGUUCAGAGCUCUGAGAGGCCUGGAAGUGCUAACGCUGAACAACAACAACAUUAGCAGCAUCCCUGUCUCCAGCUUCAACCACAUGCCCAAACUCCGAACUUUCCGUCUUCACUCCAACAAUCUGAACUGUGAUUGUCAUCUGGCUUGGUUGGCCCAGUGGCUCAGGCAGAGACCUUCGAUUGGUCUGUUCACACAGUGCACCAUGCCGUCUGAGCUCAAAGGACUCAACGUGGCAGAGGUCCAGAAACACGAGUUCUCCUGCUCAGGACACCAGGAGUCCUCCAGCCUGCAGCCCUGCAGCAUAGGAGGAGGAUCGUGUCCUGCAAUGUGCACCUGCAGUAACAACAUUGUGGAUUGUAGAGGCAAAGGUCUCACCGCCAUCCCGGCCAAUCUUCCUGACAACAUGGCGGAAAUACGUCUGGAGCAAAACGGGAUCAAGUCGGUUCCUCCUGGAGCCUUCUCUUCAUACAAGAAACUGCGUAGGAUAGACCUGAGCAACAACCAGAUCUCAGAGAUAGCUCCUGAUGCCUUCCAGGGCCUGCGCUCCCUUAACUCCCUUGUGCUUUAUGGAAAUAAGAUCACCGACCUUCCCAAGGGAGUGUUUGAUGGCCUCUAUGCCUUGCAACUGCUGUUGCUGAAUGCCAAUAAGAUUCACUGCAUCCGUGCCAACACCUUCCAGGACCUGCAGAAUCUCUCCCUGCUGUCACUCUACGACAACAAGAUCCAAACCCUCGCCAAGGGCACCUUCACGUCUCUCCGAGCCAUCCAGACCCUCCACCUGGCCCAGAACCCGUUCAUUUGUGACUGUAACCUGAAGUGGCUGGCGGAUUACCUGCGCUCCAACCCCAUUGAGACCAGCGGAGCUCGCUGCGCCAGCCCUCGCCGCCUUGCAAACAAACGUAUUGGACAAAUCAAGAGCAAGAAGUUCCGCUGCUCUGCAAAAGAGCAGUACGUCAUCCCAGGUACAGAGGACGUCCGUCUCAACGACGCCUGCAACAGUGAUCCGGUUUGUCCCCCGAAGUGUCGCUGUGAGUCAAAUGUAGUGGACUGCUCCAACCUGAAGCUCACCAAAAUCCCCGAGCACAUCCCUUCAUCCACGACUGAGCUCCGCCUCAACAACAACGAGAUCACGAGUUUGGAUGCAAUCGGAGUGUUUAAAAACCUGGCACAACUGAAGAAAAUUAACCUCAGCAACAACAAAAUCACAGACAUUGAAGAUGGGACAUUUGAAGGGGCUUCAGCUGUCAUUGAGCUUCAUCUCACCGCCAAUCAAAUCGACUCUGUUCGGAGCGGGAUGUUCAAAGGCCUCGAGGGGCUGAGGAUGCUGAUGCUAAGGAACAAUAAGAUCAGCUGCGUCCACAACGACAGCUUCACGGGACUCCACAACGUCCGUCUGCUGUCUCUUUACGACAACCAGCUGACCACCAUCACUCCUGGAGCCUUCGACACUCUGCAGACUCUCUCCACUCUGAAUCUUUUGGCAAAUUCCUUCAACUGUGACUGCCGGUUGGCCUGGCUGGGCGAUUGGCUGAGGAGUAGGAAGAUUGUGACAGGUAACCCUCGUUGCCAACGCCCAGCUUUCCUGAAGGAAAUCCCUCUGCAGGAUGUGGCUCUGCCUGACUUUCGCUGUGAUGAGGGCCAAGAGGAGUCGAGCUGCAUUCCUCGACCGCAGUGUCCCAGUGAAUGUACUUGUCUGGAGACGGUGGUGCGCUGCAGUAACAAGCACCUCCACUCGCUGCCCAGAGGCAUCCCGAGAAAUGUGACCGAACUGUAUCUGGAUGGAAACCAGUUUAGUGUUGUGCCGAAGGAGCUUUCUACCUUCAAAUACCUUCAGUUGGUUGACCUGAGCAACAACAAGAUUAACUCUCUGACCAACUCAUCCUUUGCAAACAUGAGCCAACUUACCACUCUAAUCCUGAGCUACAACUCCCUGCGUUGCAUUCCCAAAAUGGCUUUCAGUGGGCUGCACUCGCUUCGACUGCUGUCCCUCCAUGGCAACGAAAUUUCAGAACUUCCCGACGGCAUCUUCAACGAUGUGGCUUCUCUUUCUCAUUUGGCGAUCGGUGCCAACCCUCUGCAUUGUGACUGCCGCCUGCGCUGGCUGUCCGACUGGGUGAAGACGGGGUACAAAGAGCCUGGAAUUGCCCGCUGCGCUGGUCCUCAAGGCCUCGAGGGCAAACUGCUUCUCACCACACCUGCAAAGAAGUUUGAAUGCCAUGGUGAUGUGGACAUAGCGGUGCUCUCUAAGUGUAACCCCUGCCUGUCAAACCCCUGCAUGAACCACGGCAUCUGUCACAAUGAUCCAGUAGAGAUCUACAGGUGCAGCUGUCCACCGGGAUUCAAGGGUAAGAACUGCGAGUCAGGCCUGAAUGCCUGCGUCAGCGGCCCGUGUGCCAACGGAGGAACCUGUCGAGUCCACGAGGAUGAUGAGGGAGAAUAUAGCUGCACCUGUGCGCUGGGCUUUGAAGGCCCAACUUGCAAAAUCAACACUGACGACUGCGAAGACAACGACUGCGAAAACGGAGCAACCUGCAUCGAUGGAAUCAACAACUACACCUGUUUUUGUCCCCCCUACUACACAGGGGAGAUGUGUGAAGAAAUGGAGGACGUGUGUGCUCCAGGAAGAAGUCCCUGCCAACACCAGUCUACCUGCCUCAUCACCUCCUCUGGACCCAAGUGUGUGUGUUCUCCUGGUUACGUUGGUGAUGACUGCAGCGUAGAUUACAAUGACUGUGAGGAGCAUCGCUGUCAGAACGGAGCUCACUGUGUGGAUGAGCUAAACGGAUAUUCAUGUAUUUGUCCUAAAGGGUUCAGCGGUCAGCUGUGUGAGGUCCCGCCGUCCCCUCUGUCGCUCUGCGAACUGGCUGACUGUCAGAACGACGCCCCCUGCGUGGAGCGAGGGGGGCGUGCACUUUGUCAGUGUCCGCCAGAGUUUGGGGGGCCACGCUGCGAGAAACUAGUAAGCGUCAACUUCAUUGACAGAGACUCCUACCUCCUGCUGUCGGACUUGAAGAACUGGCCCCAGGCUAACAUCACUCUACAGGUGUCCACAGCUGAGGACAAUGGGAUCCUCCUGUACAAUGGAGACAACGAUCACAUUGCUGUGGAGCUUUUUCAAGGCCAUGUUAAGGUUAGCUAUGACCCCGGCAGCCAGCCAGGACAUGCUAUUUACAGCACUGAGACCAUCAACGAUGGUCAGUUCCACACCGUGGAGCUGGUGACCUUCGACCAGAUGGUGAAUCUGUCCAUUGAUGGAGGUCUCCCUACCACAAUGGACAGCUUUGGGGCGGUGCGGCCCCUCAAUAGGGAGGCUCCACUAUACGUGGGGGGUAGGGGCCCUCUCCAGAACACACCUCCCUCCUCUGCAGGGAUGCCAGUGGACGUCCAGUCCGGCACGUUCCGUCUGUGGCAGAUCCAGAACGGUUCCAGUUUCCACGGCUGCAUCCAGAACUUGUACAUCAACAAUGAGCUUCAGGAUUUCACCAAGACCCAGAUGAAGCCCGGCGUGGUGCCGGGCUGCGAGCCUUGCAAGAAGCUCUACUGCGUUCAUGGCAUCUGCCAACCUGACGGGGCUCAAGGACCAGUGUGCCACUGCCAACCGGGCUGGACUGGGGCGCACUGCGACCAGCCGGCUCUGAACCCCUGCCAGGGGAGCAAGUGCGUGCAUGGGAAGUGCAUCCCACUGGAUGCUCAGUCGUACCGCUGUGAGUGUCAGGAGGGUUACCGUGGCGCCCUGUGCAACCAACAAGGGGAGCUGUUUAAUCCCUGCCGGCGCCUGUCCUGCAAACACGGCCGCUGCCAGAUCUCCGACACGGGAAGCGCAUACUGUCACUGUGAAAGCGGCUACACCGGGGAGCUCUGCGACGCAGAGUCGGAGUGUCGAGGGGAGCCCGUGCGAGAUUUCUACCAGGUGCAGCGAGGGUACGCCAUCUGCCAAACGACGCGCAUGGUCUCCUGGGUGGAGUGCAGCGGGGCCUGCAGCACGGGGGCGUGCUGCGGCAGUCAGAGGAUGAAACGCCGGAAAUACACCUUCGAGUGCAGCGACGGAACCUCUUUUAGCGAGGAAGUGGAAAAGACCAUCAAGUGCGGCUGCGUGGGGUGCAUGUAGCCCCACUCUUUCUCAUCUCCUGCCACUGCUACGGAGCCGAAGAAGGAAAACAAGAUUGAAGAAAGAAAGGAAGGGAAAAGACUGGACGAAAGCAAGGGAGGGGAACAGGAAAAUAGAGAUUAUACAGAAUAUAUAUAAAACCUCUAUCUAUAUAUUAUGGACUACAGUGUUUGUAAAAUAGGACAUUAACUUCCCUUCCGAGAGGUGUGACCUAGAGGAAAGCAACAAUGUAGAAUCGACAACAAAACAUCCUUGCAACCCACAUUCUCCUGUGUUAGUUCCCCUUUCCAUCUGGGAGGCCUCCGACAGCCCAGCCACCAUUUUCCUCUGUGGAGGCAGUGAAAGAAAACAGAAAAGGGAGGUAUAAAAGGAAAGCCGGACUGUUAGACUUGGCAAAGCUAUCCUGAGUUGAGCUUGGCUGGGUUGACGGGACUGUGCUGGGUGCACUUUGGGAUACGUCGUCAUUUUAGGAGUAGCAAUUCCUCCACCAGAAUGCAGUUAUCUAUCAAACACGUGCAGGCAGAUAAGUGAUAGAAACAAAGGUGAAGUGGUGCUUCACGGGUCGCGGUUGUUUGCUGUGCGCUAACGCAGCAUAGAAACUCCCUGCAAACAGAGACUGCACUGACUUAGCAGCACUGAAACCAACAGUGUUCCACCUCACCGGAGUACAUGAUCACACAUGCAUGGCAUGCACUCAGCUAGAGAUGGCUCCUGUGCAGCAGCUGCUCUGCGUCAGCAAACCAGCGUGGCGCAGGCAGUCAUUACGAGCCCCCAGCAUGUAUAGGCUCAGGGUUAAGAAUUUUUUUUUUGCAUAGUCCCACCCCCUCGUGAGCAGGAGACCCAAUAAUCCUGCUCCGGUUGAUGCCUGCAGUAUUAAACUUGUGCAAAGUGUUGCAUGUGUGGAGAGGAG